CGCCUCUGCCAAGAAGGUUUGACAUGUGGGGUUCCUAACCAAUCAAGCAGUCGUAUCCAGAAAGGGGGCGGGUCUACGCCUCACGCUCGUCCUCUUUGAGGUACUGCAUGUUAUAACUUCCGGCCGUACUGUCCUCUGGAAAAUUCAACAAUGGGGAGUGUUUUGGCAGCCAGCUCCCCCCCACCGCCGGUCCCCGGGAGCGUCCCUGCUCCGGGGAUGACGGUGCCCCCGGGCUUCGGGAUGCCCUCUGUGACUCCAGUCCUACCCGCUGCCGAGGAGGUGGAAUCGGAGAGCCCUUUGCCCAACCCCGGAGCGUUCGAGGAGUGUCAUCGGAAGUGCAAAGAGGUGUUCCCAGCUCAGAUGGAGGGCGUCCGGCUCACCGUCAACAAGGGCCUCAGUAACUACUUCCAGGUUAACCACACGCUGAUGCUGAGCACACUAGGAGACUCCAGCUACAGGUUCGGGGUCACCUACGUUGGAACGCAGCAGACGGGUCCUUCCGAGUCUUUCCCGGUGGUGGUGGGCGACAUGGACAACAGUGGCAGCCUCAACGCCCAGAUCAUCCACCAGGUCUCCAGCCAGAUCCGCUCCAAGUUGGCUUUUCAGACCCAGCAGCAGAAGUUUGUGAACUGGCAGGGCGACGCCGAGUGGCGCGGGGAGAACUUCACCGCCGCCGUCACCCUCGGCAACCCCGACGUCCUGGUCGGCUCCGGUAUCGUGGUGUCCCACUACCUGCAGUCCAUCACCCCCUCCCUGGCCCUGGGCGGCGAGCUGGUCUACCACCGCCGGCCCGGAGAGGAGGGCACAGUCAUGUCCCUGGCGGGACGCUACACAGGCAACAACUACAUCGCCACGCUGACCGUAGGGGGCGCCGGAGCUCACGCCUCGUACUACCACAAAGCCAACGACACGCUGCAGGUGGGGGUCGAGUUCGAGGCGAGCACCCGCAUGCAGGAGACGAGCGUGUCGUUCGGCUACACGCUGGACGUGCCCAAGGCCAACCUGCUCUUCAAAGGCUCGGUGGACAGUAACUGGGUGGUGGGCGCCACGCUGGAGAAGAAGCUGCUGCCCCUCCCCCUCACGCUGGCCCUGUGCUCCUUCCUCAACCACCGCAAGAACAAGUUCCAGUGCGGCUUCGGCGUCACCAUCGGCUAAACCCGCCGGGGACCGGCCCGAACCGGCGUCUCUGGGAGGGGAGGGGGGGGGGGGUGAGUGGGAGGGGUUUAUUCAUACACGCAUCAUGGAACUGACAAUCGCACUGUGGACGGAAAAAAAAACCGACGCCCGUCCGUGGCGCGCGAUGACGUCACGCGCCACCCCGGGUCACGACGCGUCGACGACGACCUCAUCGUCCCAUCGCUGUGACCUCACAAGCAGUGACGCCACGGGGCGACGACGUGCGCGAUGAGGUCCUGUACGCCGUCCCUGAGGCAUCGCGUCUUCAUCAUCAUCUUCUUCUUCAUCCUCAUUAUGGUCUCCCCCCAGCCUGAUGGCAGCCCCCACCCCACAUAUGUCGGCGGCUCUACGAUAACGAGUGUACAUAAGAUUUAACGGCGUACGGAUGGGACGGGGGCGAGAUGGUGACUGGCUGUGUCGAAGAAUGUCGUUAAUAAAUGCUCAGCAGAAUAACAGGGACCUAUCUACACCUCUAUGACCCCCAACUGCUGUUUCAUUUUUAUCAUGCAGUUCAGUGCCUGUUUUUUUUGUUUACGCAGUCUUUCUGAAGGGGUGGGGGGGGUAGUUUAUUUCAUGUUUUGUACUGUAAAGUUGUGGCACCAAGUCCAUGAAGUGUGUUCUGGUUUUCCUUGUGUUGUCUGUGGGGUGUGUGGGUUUGGGCUGGUGUUGGCCAGGGUUAUAGUAGAACUAAUAUAAGAAUGCGUGCGAGUCGUGCUACAUAACCUCAUUGUUGUUUUCUCACUGUGGACGGUCACUAUAAAAAUAUAUAUAUGGAGUAUUACAUACAAGUAUAUAUAUAUAUAUGACCUGUAUAUAUCUAUUGGGGAACGAUAAAUGCAUUUCUUAUCAAAAAAA